AAACCAUGAUUUAAGCUUUUCAGCAGCAGCGAGACGACACACAAUCACUAAUCGUCCUCGAAGUUACGCGUUGAUGUGAUAUCUUUUUGCGUUUUUUCGCUCUAGGAUUGGAUAAGUUUUUUGAGGAGAAGUUUGACGGAAAUCGAUCAGUGUUUCGGUGGAAGUGAAUUCGAACACGGUAUUCGGGAAGUGCUAGAGUGUGAGAUUGCAGUAGAGAAAAAGGGGCGAAGGGGAACAUUGGGGCAGAAGCAGCUGUUCCGAGGACAGGAUUUUGCUCUUUCGAUUUCGACUCUUCUUUCGGGGGACAACGUCGACAUCAUCCGGAGAAGACGGCUCGAACCGAGGGAGGAUUUGCUCUUGCAGUUUAUCAAAUGGCUGAAAUUAAGGCCAUGGAACACCCAACGUUGAAGGUGCCAUACGAGAUAUUGAACAAAAAAUUUCGCAUCGCUCAGAAAACGCUCGAUCGCGAGCUAAGCCAGAUACAGAAUGCUGCCUCGGAACUGGAGAAAGGAUUAUCGGAUGGUUCGGCCGGAUCGGAAAUAUCCAGACUCCUAGGUGGCGUAGUAGAACGCCUGCAAGUUCUGAAGCGCAAAGCCGAAGAAAGCAUUUCGGAAGAGCUGUCGGCCGGUUUGGUGUGCAAGCGUCGCCUUGAACACCUAAAGCAGAACGUGACUCCUCCAAGUGAUGCCACGACACUGGAACUGCAAGCCGCAGCCACCAACCAGUGGAAAAAAAUCCGACUCGAUCGAAUGAUCGUGGAGCACUUUCUCCGGCUUGGAUACUACGACACAGCCGAACGGUUAGCCAUUCGCAGCGGAAUCCGAGAUCUCACCAAUUUGGACAUUUUUCAAAUCACCCGCGAGGUCGAACGCGAUCUGGCCAAUCGUAGCACGGCCAAGUGCAUCCUCUGGUGCAACGAUAACAAAUCUAAGCUGAAAAAGAUCAACUCCAACAUCGAGUUUCAGCUACGUGUGCAGGAAUUCGUGGAGCUGAUCCGCGAAGACAAACGCCUGAUGGCGGUCAUGCACGCCCAGAAGUAUUUCCCUGCAUUCGAACAGGAGCUGAAGGAAAUCCGCCAGUACAUGGCACUGUUGGCGUUCCCCGUGACCACCCAAAUCGAGCCGUACAAAACGUUUUACGAUCCCCAGCGCUGGAACGAUCUGGUGCUGCACUUCCGGUUGGAAAACUACAGACUGUUCCAGCUGCCGUCGCAGUCCGUGCUGAGUGUGGCCGUUCAGGCCGGAAUUUCCGCUCUCAAGACACCCCAAUGCUACUCGACGACGUCGAAGAACAUGAACUGUCCGGUUUGCCAGAAGAAUGUCAACGAGAUCGCCGAAAAUCUACCGUUUUCGCACUGCGCUCAAAGCCGGUUAAUUUGCAGAAUAACAGGCAAACCGCUGAACGAACACAACCUGCCGAUGAUGCUUCCGAACGGGCAAAUCUUCGGCCAGCAAGCGAUAGACCAGAUGCGCCAGGACAACGAUACCAUCGUGUGUCCCAAGACGAACGAGAAAUUCCGCUCGCCCAAGAUCGAGAAGGUUUUCGUCAUGUAGUAGAGCUAUUCUACCGAGAGGGAGAGAGAGGAAAAAACACGUUUUCACACCCCGAGUUCAUCAUCAUACAAAAAAACUGCUACAAACAGCAGCACCCGGCUGCGGUAUUAUAAUAUAUAAAUAGCGACUAAAAUCUAACAGACAUACACACGAAAUGGAAUCGAAUUUGUAGCGAUAGGUUUUUCCAUCUUGUGAUUGGAUUCUUUUGCUUUUAUCAAUCUUCUUUCGUUAUCUUCAUUCGGAUUUUAUCAAACUAUGUAUUGGAGGAGAUUCCAGUUUUAAUUCACAGUGCAAUUGUAUCUACCUUCAUCCUCCUCUAUUUCGUUUCUACUACUAAUUUGGCUUCAGUUGUAGACCUGAAACUUAGGCAAGAUUAUUCUCAGUAGAAACAAUUGCCUCAACAUUUGUUGAAUCUGUUUUACAUUGUGGAAUAUUUCGGAAAAUCAUUACAUAUUAUUGAAUUUGAAUUUAUUUUUCCAUAAGAUAGGAUCGAUAUAGCAAUAGCUUAUAAUAUUGUACAUGUAAAGCAAAAGCAAAGGAAACACUAUUUUAAUAGUAGCGAUAUGAAAAAUGACAGCUGAGUGCAAACUGUUUUCAAAUACCAAAACUACGCCAUCUGUUUUACGCAGCAUCUCGUGUUGGAUGGACUUUGUUGUGAGUAUACUAUAUGCGAUAAUUAUCGACAUUUUGUUUUAUUAGUAAGUAUAUGAUGCAAUCUUUCCUACGAACGAAGAAAACUGACUCGCUCGGAAGAUUUGGCAUGCUAUCGGCAAUACACUUCAUUUCAAUUUACAUGCAAAUGCUGGGACUAGAGCAGCAGAAUAUAUCAAGUGUGAAAAAAAUAUCAAAAUGGAAAACAGAUAGGCUUUUUUUUCUGCGAAAUUUUUAAUUGCUAGGUAUUUGUUUCGAAUUAUUUUUUCUGCAUUAAAUGUCGAUUGAGAGCAAUGAAGUGAGUAAUAUAGAUUUUUUAUCUUUAUAACAUAAUCAUCCAAA